ACACGCGGUCCCGUUAGUGGAGCUCAAAUGAGCUGCCAGUAGAAGCGCACUGGGUUUUAGGUUUCACUCCAUUGCAGAGUUUAUUAUAUAGUUCUAGUUGAGGUUAGACAGAAGUCCGAUAGAAACGUGGCUGGGAAGCUUUAAGUUUUGACCUGGUGUGUGUAGUCGCACGGUGAUUUCUGCGUGUUCAGGCAACAUAGGAAAGAACUCGAGAAGGCACACGACCAAAAGAAAGCAAGUGAGAACGACUUGCAUUUUCCCCUCCCCAAGUAAAACCAACUUCUCAAAAAAGAUGGAGAAGCCCCCGUUGCCCAGUGAUGAUGUUCCUGGGAUGGCCGACAACACACCAGUGCAGGAGCAAGGCAUGGAGCUUGAUGGAGAGGUGGGGCAAGGGGAGGAACGUCCCGCAUGGGACAGUAAGCUGCAAUACGUCCUAGCCCAGGUGGGCUUCAGCGUCGGGCUCGGCAAUGUGUGGCGCUUCCCGUAUCUGUGUCACCAAAACGGAGGAGGAGCGUUUUUAUUGCUGUAUGUGAUGCUGCUGCUGCUGAUUGGAGUUCCUCUGUUUUUCAUGGAGCUUGCAGCAGGACAGAAUAUUCGGCAGGGCAGCAUCGGUGUCUGGAAACACAUAUCGCCACGCCUUGCUGGCAUUGGCUAUUCCAGCUGUGUGGUUUGUUUCUUUAUGGCUCUGUACUACAAUGUGAUCAUUGCCUGGGCUCUGUUUUACCUGGGAAGUUCCUUCCAGUACCCUUUACCAUGGCAACAGUGUCCCAUAGACCCGAGCAGUAACCAUACAGUGAAGGAGUGUGCCGCCAGCUCUCCCACCACAUACUUCUGGUUCCGUAAAGCUCUUGAUAUUUCUGACUCAAUAGAUCAAUCUGGAGAGUUUAAUCCAAUCAUAACCAGUUGUCUGCUCGCAGCCUGGGUUAUAGUUUGUCUCGCCAUGAUCAAGGGCAUCAAGUCCUCAGCCAAGGUGAUGUAUUUCUCCUCUAUUUUCCCAUACGCUGUGCUAUUCUGUUUUCUUAUCCGAGGCCUGAUGCUGGAUGGAGCCAUCGAAGGACUCACCUAUAUGUUCUUUCCAAAAUUAGAGAUCUGGGGGGAGAUCCAGGUGUGGCGUCAGGCUGCUACUCAGGUUUUCUUUGCUCUCGGUUUGGGCUACGGAUCUGUGAUCGCUUACUCCUCCUACAACCCGAUCAACAACAACUGCCACCGGGACGCUCUUAUGGUUUCCGCCAUCAACUUCAUGACUUCAGUCUUGGCCUCGCUUGUCGUCUUCACCGUCCUUGGCUUUCGAGCCAAGAACAUUGCCAUAGAGUGUGUUGUGGAAAAUGUGAAUACAAUAUCAGAGAUGGCUGCAUCCGGCACAGCUCAGCCCUGGUGGCCAUCGUUUAACGUGUCUGACCCCAGAUCUGUGGAACUCAAGGAUUACAAGGAGUGGUACAGCAAUUAUGGGAGCUUGCUAGGCUCAAACAUCACCGAUUGUGACCUGGAAAGAGAAAUGAACAAGGGAGUGGAAGGUACUGGUUUGGCAUUUAUAGCGUUUACCGAGGCUAUGGCGCUGUUUCCAGGAAGUCCGUUCUGGUCAGCGUUGUUUUUCCUCAUGCUACUGAAUCUGGGUCUGUCCACCAUGUUUGGAACUAUGCAGGGCAUCCUGACGCCACUCAUGGACAAUUUUAAACUGCUGGGCCGCCACAAAAAACUGCUUACUGUGAUAAGCUGUAUCCUGGGCUUCAUAAUUGGUCUGCUCUUCACUCAACGCAGUGGAAACUACUUUGUGACCAUGUUCGAUGAUUAUUCUGCCACUUUGCCGCUGAUGAUCGUUGUCAUCUUUGAGACGAUCAGCGUGGCAUGGAUUUACGGUGCUGAUCGCUUUCUGGACGAUGUGGAGGUGAUGUUAAAAUGGCGCCCCCCAGCGAUCUAUAAAUAUAUGUGGAAGUACGUCUGUCUGCUGUCUAUGGUGGGUCUGCUGACUGCUAGCCUGCUACGCAUGUUCUUCAAAUGGCCCACUUACACGGCGUGGAACCACAGCACGGGCUCAGAGAGCAGCCUGGAAUACCCCGGUUGGGCUUUAGUCAUGCUCGCCUUGCUCAUCAUCUUUGCCUUUUUUCCUGUGCCUGCUGGCUACAUCCAUUCAUUCCUCACUCAUAAGCACAGCCAAUCCCUGGCAGAUGGAGCGGCUGAAAAUCACAGAGAACGAUACUCCAAAUGUAGUACCAGUGAGCCAGAACUCAACAGCCAUCACGCUCCUCCGGAUGAGGAUGGCAGCCGAUCCCGAUCCGCCUUCCUGUCUGUGGCUGCAGAGCACUACAGGCUUCUCUCACAACAAGAAGAUGGGGGAGAGGAGGAGGAUGACACAGAACUGUAAUAAAGGUGGAUCAGAAUAAAAAAAAGACAGUUGAAAUAAUAGCGGCUGAAUAAGAAAUGAUGUAGCAGUUACCAAUGUGACCGUGCUUACAGUGUCACUCGAAUGAUUAGGUAGUCAGAGUUAGUAAACGAUAAUCAGGACUCUGCGAAAAAGCACAAAAUGUCAUUUCUUAAAACGAAUUAACACAGUCUGGGUGUCAUGGGUUGGAAAGUGAACUGGAGUUGGAUGUAGAGAUGGCACCCGUGUGUCAUAAAAAGCAAUAAGUUCAUGACUGUAUCAGUGCUUGAUUAGUUCUGCCAAAAACACAUCACCGAUGAUGCCACAUUGUGGCACAGGCAAAGAAGUAGUGUUUCUGAGUGAACCAGUAAUAUGCUCUGUAAUUAUGCAACCAACAUGUUUUUUGGGAAAAACUCAUCAUUCAUCAUUUUAUAUUUACAUCCAGAGAGUCGUACAAAAGUGCUUUUAAGUUUCUAUCAAUUCAUAUAUCAACACUGGUUCACUAGGUUGCAGACAGGAUAUUAUCAGCGUAAAGCUCUGUUGGCUGGAAUUCUAGCACAAUUUAUGUUUCUACUAUUCAGGUUGUUCCACAUGAGGCUUGUCUAUGAACUAAUAGGUGAGUUGCAUGUAAAUGAAUACAUACGUUUAUGUUGACCAUCAGGUGUUUUGUAAAUAGAUGUAAUCUAACAGAAUUAUACUAUAUGUAAAACAUUUUUUUUAUCAUUAGUAUCGUCAUUGUCACCAGUUGCCUUUAUUAUUUAAAAAAAUAAUACUACAACACUUUCUUUUUAAAGAACUGGAAUGCACUAAUUGGGUAGCUGAACGCACAAAACACACCUAGUAGAUUCCUUCAUCUUCAUUCCGGUGUUACUAAAUGAAAGUUUUGUUACUGGUGUGUGUGUAUGUAGUAUGCAUUUUGCGUUGUUAUCCGUGAUGAAUAGAUCUAGAAACCUCAAGCAACUUGCAUAAUACAAAGUUUCUCUGCAGGUCCUAGAUAUCUGAAACACUUUGAGAUUUAAUGGCAGUCUUGGGACUGGAAAAAAUCGGGUAAUUAAACCGUUUUAGAAAAGGCAUAUGUGCAUAUUGUAGUCAAAUAAUUGUAGAUUUAAAGAACCAAAGUUUGGAAUCCAUUGUCUUUAGGCAUUUACUUCUUUUCUGCACCAAUUACUAUUGCAGUUCUAUUGUAUCAUUUUGGUUUUCUUACAAUUUGGUUAGCUGUCUUUCAAAAAUAACAAGAACUAGAGAUCAGAUUUUUUUUCAACUUUAGUCUCAUUUUAAACAAAAAAAGAAUUGUGUACAUUAUGCCCUGACUCCACUACUUUAAAAAAAAAAUGUAAUUUGUUAAAUCAAUGUUUGAACCUAACCCAACUAAACCAAACUUUAAUUGUUUAUAAAAUCUUAUGGAAGAUACUACAUAAAAAUACUACAAACAUCUAA